GGGGAUCAAUCUCCCCGUUGCUCCUGUCGACAGCUGACGCAGGAUGAUCGUCAAAACCGUCUGAAUUGAUAAAGAAAGAGAAUGGGCGACUUUCUGGCGGCAAAUAAUGUUUGCGGGCAAAACCUGCUGCGGCUGGUGUCCCGCGGGAAUGCCAUCAUAGCCGAACUAAUGCGACUGAAGGACUACGUACCGCCGGUCUUUAGCUUGGAUUCGAAGCAAGUGAUGCAGAAGUACGGAUCGAUCAUAAUCGACUUUGCAUACUUCAAGGCAGCCAGUGUUUACGAGCAAAAGAUAGAGGAUGACUCGACGCUCCAAGAAACCGACGAGGAGCUCCGGAAUAACUUUUCAGACAUACUCACGAGGUUCUACUUAGCUUUCGAGAGUAUACACAAGUAUGUCACGGAUCUGAGCUUUUACAUCGAUGAGUUGGGGGAUGGAGUUUACAUACACCAGUCGGUGGACUCUAUUAUGUUCAACGAGGAAGGGAAACAAUUAAUGUGCGAAGCCGUGUACUUGUACGGCGUAAUGCUAUUGCUGGUCGAUUAUCACUUUGAAGGGAGAAUACGCGAAAGGUUACUGGUAUCCUACUAUCGAUACAACGCCCAGCGGUCUUCCUCGACGAGGGUGGAUGACGUUUGUAUGCUGCUCCGUUCAACGGGAUACGUGAGGACGUUGUCCAAGAGACCAGCUAAUUAUCCGGAAGAAUAUUUCAAGAGAGUACCUUUACGAGAUUUUUUGGUGGAUCUCGUUGUUGGUCGGCUGCGUUCGGACGAGAUUUACAAUCAAACUCUUGCUUUUCCGCAUCCGGAGCAUCGUAGCACCGCUGUCGCCACGCAAGCAUCAAUGUUAGUCGUAAUUUUGUCGUUUAAACCAACUGUAUUGCAUACACAAACUGCCAUUAUGCGGGAGAUAGUAGACAGAUUCUUUCCCGACAAUUGGGUAAUCAGUAUUUAUAUGGGGACAGUGAUCAAUCUGUGUGACUGGUGGUCACCGUAUAAAGCUGCGCGAACGGCAUUGAAUAAUACCCUUGAGAAUUCAAAUGUGAAAGGAAUUGCGCAAAAGUACGGAGCAAAAAUGGACAAAUUAACGCAAGAGACCGAAGAGGUGCAACUGGCGGGCGCAAUGGACGAGAACGCAACAGGUUCUUUAGUCAAAUUAGUGAGAGAAUGCAACGUAACGUUACAUUGGAUUCUUCUGCACACCGCUACGCCCACCAUAACGUUGGAGGAUUCAAAACGUUCGCGUAGUCUACGUCAAUUAGUCGUGAUGGAAAGCAAAUAUACCACAGUAAAGUGUCUACGCUUGUUGCUGAGCACCGCUCAAAUCGAACAGGAUGUUAAACAGAUGUAUAAAGAUCUCCUGCUCGGAAAAGAAGCCAAAUGGUUGAAAGACAAAGGGAUAUGUGUUGAACGUAUAACUGAUCUUGCACAAAUCUUUGGAGGCGCCAAAUCUCUAGAUGGUAUUGAUAAGAACCAGAACCUUUAUACGUGGUUCAUGGAAAUAAGUAAGCACAUUGACUCGUUGAAGCAAGAAGAUGGGCGGAAGAUAGUACAGUUACUGCAAGCGCUGGAACAAGUUCAGGAAUUUCAUCAAUUGGAAAAUAAUCUACACAUUUCACAAUAUCUCGCCGACACACGUGAGACUCUACACAAUAUGUUGCGUACGGGCAGUAUAUCUGAAGAUAUCAUGAUAAGUUUGAAUAUCGUGACCGAUUGCUGCUACGCGUGGAAUAUUAUGGAAUCUUUUAUCGACGUAAUGCAGGCGAGCAUAAAGGAAAAUCCGCCGACCGUCAUCAAACUGAAGGCUCUUUUCCUUAAAAUGGCGUCGGCAUUGGAGACUCCAUUGCUGAGAGUGAACCAAGCACGAAGCGCGGACUUGUCUUCGGUGUCGCAAUAUUAUAGUAGAGAAUUAGAAGGAUACGCCAGGCGCGUUUUGCAAAUUAUACCUGAAACUGUGUUCGGUUUAUUAGCGGAGAUAGUGCACCUUGAAACGAAUUCAUUUAAAGAGAUCCCGACUAAAUUGCCCAAAGAUAAACUUAAAGAUUAUGCGCAACUGGCCGAGAGAUUACAGAUGGCGAAGCUAACAUAUGCCGUGUCGGUCUUUACAAAGGGCGUUUUGUCGCUGCGAAGCGUUUCUCUAGGAGUUUUAAGGGUCGAUUCACAUCGUCUCUUAGAGGACGGUAUACGUCAGGAGCUUGUCAAGAAAGUUACCUUGGCUUUACAGAACGGCCUCAAUUUUGAUCAGAAGUCCAAGACAUCGCUUCUACAAAAACUGAGUAAUUUAUCUUCAAUUAUGGACGGAUACAGAAAAUCUUUCCAAUACAUUCAAGAUUACAUCAACAUAAACAGUUUGAAGAUAUGGCAUGAAGAAAUUACAUAUAUUAUAAACAACGCGGUCGAGGAAGAACGCAGGGGCUGGUCCUGGCUACCAGGAAAAUCGUGGAGACAAUUCCAAGAGGAUAAGCACGUAUUUUCAACGGACAAUAAUUCCUUGACAUUCAUGGGCAGACUUGCCAAAGAACUUAUUCGUAUUACUGAUCCCCGAACUACCGUGUACAUAGAACAUUCCCUAGCGUGGUAUGAUGUUAAGUCGCAGAAUGAGGUCUUGAAUUACAAAGUUUUCUCGAUGAUACUAGAAACGAUAGGCACGCCGGGAUUGUCGGGGCUGGACAAGCUCAUCUCUUUCUACAUUGUCAUGGAACUGGAGACUUUGGUUCACUAUAUAGAAAAAAGCAUACGGAACAAAAUGUGGACAUCACUGUUAGAAGAUUGCGAGAGCACUUUAAAUUCUUUGGACAGUGCUAAAGGUAACAUUACAAAGCUUCACAACUGCAUAAGCGCUAGCAGCAGCAAACUGUGGUCAUCGGCGCUCGAGUGGACGUUGAAAAUAGGCCACUAUCAAUUACUCAGGAAAAAAAUAGCGUACGAGCUUAACACCGCGUGCAAAUUUGAAGCGAAGCACAUGGAAGCGGCGCUUCGUACAUUAAACACGGCUAUUUUAUGCGAGAUAGCGAAAAAAGAUAGCAAUAAUGAAACUGAGAAAACGGAGAAGAGCGAAUUGCUUCAUGAACUUAGCGUGCGAUUGGACUGGGCCGGCAUCAGCGAUCCGCAUAACAAAGUUUACAUUAAGACACCAAAGAUAGAUAAUAUAGCUAUUAUCAUUUUCUUAUUCACAGCGUCGCAGUUAAAUAAAUUAUUCUACUGCAAAAAUACAGCAAGUCUGUUGAGCAAGAGGUAUCAGGACCCCGUAGACGCUGUGGUCUUUGCCAUAGGAAUACAAACGAUUCUCCGUCAAUUUCACGUUUCUGUGAUGAAUCGUUACGUGAAAUAUCUUUGCAUGUAUGUCCUGUCGUUCAUCACUGUGGAGAGUAUGAAAGCGGGAGGUGAUGCAGAAACUGAAGGAGCUACUAAUCUUCACUUCUUGGAGCUUUUUGUGAAAUAUUCAGGCAUUCCACGCUCUCUCAUUCUUAAAGAAAUACCUGUCGUCGUUUUAGAUCAUUCCCUAGUCAAACUGACAAAGUGAUGUGUUUGAAGUACGUGAAAUAACAUUACAUAUUGUAAAUGAUCAUAUAUUAGUACAUUAUAAAAACGUGCGUGUGUAUAUAUAUAUAUAUAUAUAUAUACACAUACAUAUAUAUUUUGUAUAAAUAAAAAUAAGAGGAUAAAGAGGAUUUUCAAUGGA